CCAGCUCUAUAAAGCUCAGAGCAUCUCCAGCCCUCCUCACACUCUCGCUAUGAUCUGUGGUGAAGAUGUGGUUCCUGCUGCUGCUCCACGUCGCUCACAUCCAGCCGCUCAUCUCUCAAGAUGCGAAGAGGCUGGUUCUGAGGAAUGGCAGCAACCCGUGUGAAGGCUACGUUGAAGUCUUCCACAAGAACGAGUGGGGGCUGGUGGGAGACAAGUUCUGGAACCGGUCGACCGAGGAGGUGGUCUGCAGGAGCAUCCACUGUGGAGAACCCGUGGAGAGCUCCACCGUCCGGAGGCCUCUGAACCGCACAGUUUGGCUGAACGAGCUGCAGUGUAAGGGGAGCGAGAGCCAGCUGUGGGACUGCGACAGUCCUGGAUGGAACAUCAGCAAGUACUUCAAACCCACCGUCAAGAAGAUCACAUGUUCACGAAACAUCACAUUCAGCCUAGAAGGAAACAGAUGUGCAGGAGUUGUUCUCUACUCCACAGACGGAGUGACGCCGUCCGGCUACAUCUGCAACGAAGGCUGGAGUGACAAAGAGGCCGGAGAUUUGUGUGGACAGCUUGGGUGUGGUGGACUGAAGAAGAGACCCACACCUGGCCAGAUGUCUGGAAAAGAUUUCCAGAGCCAGAGGUCUGAGAAGAACAUGAAGCUGGACUGUUCUGGACUGAUCGAAACAGACAACCUGUGGCAGUGUGCAGCUCCAGCCUCCACCUGCUCGUAUCCAGCUGCUGUCAUAUGUUCAGAACACGAGAGGCUGCGGCUGACAGAACUGUGUUCUGGGGUGCUGCAGAAGGAGACUAACGGCAAAUGGGAGAAUGUCAGCGACAACAACGUGAGUCCUGACGACAGGUGUCAACAGAUGUACUGUGGCAGCGCUCGUGGAAACGUCACGGACAGCAGACUGACAUGCACAGAUGACGUUUCAGUGGUUCUGGUGAAUAACAAAAAUGAACCCUGCUACGGGACGGUUCACGUUCAAAUAAACAACGACAGAAAAGCGGUGUGUGGAACCUCCUGGACGGAGAAAGAGGCCAACGUCGUCUGCAAGGAGCUCGGCUGUGGAACCGUGAACAGUUUCUCUAAGAGGAGGACCAGCUCGGGCUUCAUGGACUUUGUGGAGUGUUCGGGCAGCGAGUCGUCGCUGUGGCACUGUGAGGCCAAACACGGUGUGAACCUGAAAUGUUCAGAUGCAAAUGCUCCCUACGUCGUCUGCUCAGAGAGUCUGGAGGUGAGGCUGGAGGCUGGAGGUGGAAGAUGUGCCGGGAGGCUGGAGGUCAAACAUGACGGUGACUGGAAACGAGUCCUCAAGAAUGCAGCCUGGACGGACAAACACUCCAACAUGGUCUGCAAACAGCUCGGGUGCGGGAACCAAACAGCUCCUGGAAAUCCUGUAAAGUACAGUGAUGGUUCUGGUAGUUUCCUGACAGUAGACUGCGACUCUAACAAGGAAGAGAACAUCACCGAGUGCAUCAUAACCGACACAGGCAAUAAUGGCCAGUCUGCGGUGGGGAUAACCUGUGAGGAUCAUAAGGUGCUUUUUCUGAGCGGGAGCUGCUCCGGCGAGGUGGGGAUAAAACACGACGAUAUAACCUUCUGGCUCUCCGAUGUGGAUUGGACCCCGGAUGUUGCAAACACAGUCUGUCAGCAGAUGCAUUGUGGGACUGCUGACAACUUCACCUCCACACCCAGAGCUGAUCAGGAGGUCUGGUCUCACUCUUACAACUGCGAACACAAUGAAACGUCGCUGUUUGAAUGUGAUAACACGGAAAUCUCAUCAAACGUCAGUCAAAACGCAUCAAUCGCCUCUGUAAAGUGUUCAGGGACAAUCAAGCUGAAGCUGACCAAGUGCUGGGGAAACGUCAACAUGUUUAUGGAAGGGAAGUCUGGAGGUAUUUGUGCAGACACCUGGACAGAGGACAACUCUGAGAUGCUGUGUAAAGAGCAGGGCUGCGGGAGUAAGGUCCUGAAAUCCUUCAACCAGCAGAGCCAAACUGAAAUUAUGGUCCACAGUUUGCACGCCAUGCAGCCGAAUGCGAAACUGAACCAGUACAACUUCAUCAUGAACGACCAAGGUCGCACAUGCCAAAAACCAGCCUCUGUCGUGUGCUCAGGCAGCGUCAAGCCCAGAUUCAGCGACUCCAUAGAUAGCUGUUCUGGAAAACUGGAGCUAUCAUAUGAGGAGAAGUGGCUGCCGGUGUGCAGGGAAGCCCUGAAGGAGCAGAAAGCACAGAACGCCAUCUGUCGGAGGUUGAACUGCGGUGUAGCAUUCGGGGCGACUGAUGACUUUGGACCGACACCUCUGUCCAAUCAAGUCAUUACAGCGAUCCAAUGUUCUAACAACAACGCCGCUUCGCUAAAAGAGUGUGAAGUCACUUCUGAAUUUCGAAGUUGCACUCUUGGAGUUCUCAAAUGCUCUAAAUGGAAGACGAUGGUUCUAGAACACGAACCCUGCAAAGGAGAGGUGGCCGUUUACUCAGCGAAUGAAGUGAGCGCCGUUUCCAGUCAAGGCUGGACGAUGAAUGAAAGUCAGAGGCUUUGCCAAGACAUGGCAUGCGGCAGCCCCAUUUCAUUCGGGGGCAAUGGGACCUGGCCAACUGAUUCGUUCUUCAACGGAACAUUUAACUGUAAAGGAGGUAAACAGCAAAGCAUCUGGGAUUGUGAGAAGAAAGUCCCACCUUCGGAGAAGAAGAAGCUGUUCAUCGAAUGUCAAAAUCAGGCUCAGGUCACCCUUUCGCAGAAAUGUCAUGGCGAGUUGAGGAUAAAUGAUGCCCAGGUUUGCAGCAGGCAGUUUCAGCUGGACUAUUCCAACAGGGUUUGCCAGGAACUCAGCUGCAGCAAUGCGAUGGAAUUUAAAGAAAAAUCGAAGCGUGGGGUGUACCACCACAUCCAUUGUGACGAAUACCACUACAAGCUUGGCCAGUGCAGGCGAGUCUGGGGGGAUUGCAAUAGUCUGGUGGACAUUGUCUGCGUUGGUAGUAUCAAGUUCAAUACCACAGGAAAAUGUGGAGGUACUAUUCGAGUCAGUUAUCAAGACAAGUGGAAGGAAGUGUGCAGCCUGAAUGAACUCAGUGAUAAAAUGAAGAAUCAGCUGUGCCAGAAGAUGAACUGUGGUAAUCACAAUAAGAAUUUCAAACCAAGAAAAAGCGAAACGAAAAAAAACCUGGAGAUGAGUCUGGUGUGCACUGAAGAUCAUCUGGAUAUCAGACACUGCGUCAAGAAACAAAAAUGCACUGAUGAUCCUGCACGGAUCUUCUGUGAAGGCUAUGAACCAACAAUCCCCGACAAAACAUCUGAGCCGUCCAGAGUGCCUAUCAUCCUGGGAGUGAGUUUUCUGUUGGUUCUGUUGGUAGUGGUCGCUGUGGGGGCUCGAUUCUACUUUACCAGGAGAAACAGGAGGUUCAAUGCAGCGAGGAUGCUGCCAGGCAAAGAAAUGGAGUUUGAAAGCGGCGAGUACGAGGACGUCGUAAACAGAGACAAUGAAAUAGAAGACGUGAGAGGCGGCAGAUUCAGAUCGGAUGAUGAAUUCUUCAGAGAGGACGACAGACGGAGUGUUUCUUCUUUACCUUACGAUGACAUCGAUGAGAAGGCCGAAGCUCAGCCGCUGAACCCUCCGGCCGACACCGCCAGAGCCGGCAACGUGCAAGAAGACAAGGUGACCUAUGAGGUGGAAGAUCCACUGGAAAACUACGACGACAUUGAAUCGGGCCCCGAAAUCACUAAAGCUGAAGUCCAUGACAGCCCCCAACCCACAGCUGACCGUGAUGCUGCGGCUGCACCUCCAGGGCCGGCGCCGGGGGACGAGGACUACCUGGUGCCGGGUCAAGAUGGGUGAGACAAAGCCAGGUUUAAAACUCGCUCAGAUAAAGUGCAGGAUCCCAGAACCUCCUUGUACUCGGAUAAAAGUGAAAAAAAAGAAACUAAUUAUCAACAAUUUUUUAAUGGAACAAGACAUAAACCUACCAACAGUGCAAAAACUGCUGAAACAAAUUGAAUUAGCAUCAUUUGAAAUAUUAUUAUAAAUAUAAAGCUUGGAUUGCUUGUUCUAAAAGGUUUUGCGUGACGUCUGACUUCUGCUAAUAGGGCCUUAUUGAAUGUAGCAGACUGCAAUCAGAUUCAAGAUGAAGAAAAUGUAAAGUAAAAGUUUUUGAUUUCAGUUUUAUAUCUUUGUCUUUAGCUUUUAUUAUAACAAGAGUCUUUUAUGUGAUGUAUUAUGUAUAUAUAUAUAUAUAUGAUGUAAACAGCUUCUCCUGCAGCAUUCUAUGAUGAUUAUUUUUGCAGUAACUUGCAUCAAAACACACAAAUAUACGAGUUGUACAACAUAAAUACUUCCAUAGAGCACAGAGUCACCCAAAAAUAAAAUAAAUGCUACACGAAUCAAACUCCAUAUUAUCACAUCUGUUGUACAGGCUGUGUAGGUAAAUUGAACUUCAUGCUGUCACAUUAUGAUUUAAAAAGUGUAGUUUCAUUUGAUAUCGGGAAACAGUCGGAUUAGCCGGAUUAACAUUUACGCUCAUGACUAUGUUAAGCUAACUAGCUUCAUAUUUUGCGUAAAAAUGUGGAACUGGUGUUGAUUUUCUCGAUAAACUUUGUGCAAGAAAAAUUAAUAAGCAACCUUCUUGAAAUACAAAAAUUGUGGUUUAAAUACAUUAUGUUCUACGUUUUUGAAUCUAUAUGCAGUGUUUCAUUAUUUUUUAAUUGGUAGCAUAUACUAAUAUUAGUUAGCAUAUGCUACAUGUUAAAAAUAACAUUUUCAACAUUUUAUAAAAUAAACAAAGACACCAUCCUCUCUUUCCUUUUCUUUCUCCAUAGAUAAGAAAGUGUCAAAACUGCCUACUACACUAGUAUUACGUACUUAUUAGGCCAAAGUGAAACAAGUAGCAUGCAAAAAAAAAGACAAAAAUACAUGAAUGUUGUACAAUUCAAUAAAAAAUUAUUCAGUAUGGAUUAAACCAGUCUAUCUUGGUCCCACAAUGCAACACUCACAACAACUGUGUCAGAGGAGGAAAUUGACGAAGAUCACAUAUUUUUGUGACAUUUUUUUUUAAAUGACUUUGAAGGCUAAUCUUACCAUUUUAGGCUACUGUAUGGGUGAAAUAACACAGGAGACAUAAAACAUUGAAAAUACAGAGCUUGUAAAUAGGAGAAAAUAUUAUUACCAGCAUCUGUAUUAAAAUAAGAACCAGAAAAGCACUCAGACAGUGCAGUACUCCGCCAAGGUUGCUCAUUCCUUGUAUCGAUUCAGAUGGAUAAGUCCCAAUAAGUGGUGGAUUUGUAGCAGGAUCGCAAUCAUGUCGUCGUCAGCAGGCAGCUGAUGUAGUGUUCACUUGUUGUCAUGGUUACAGAGAUGCCAUGACGCUAUCUGGCAAUGAUACAGAAAUCUUUAACAAAUCCAUGGAUCCAGACUUUAAGCCUCAUCUCUGACAAAAUCUAAUCACUUGGUCCUUGUGUCAUCUCUGACCUUCCCUGAAAAUUUCAUCCAUAUCCGUUGCCCUGUUUUUUAUGGGAUGUUGCUGACAGACAGACAAACCAACGCCACAUAACUCCAGCACAUUCCAUGAUGGAGAAUUAAAAAUACAGUCAGUUUGCAGAAUUGAUAGAAAUUGAUUUGGUUGCAAAAAAACUUUUAAAUUUCAAACAAAUGGCACAGAAGUGGAUUCUAAACAUUAGCAGUGCUAUUGUUACUUCUGCUUUCCAAAACCAGACAAACCUCCUCCAGCAUGUGCGAAAUAAGACGAUUUAACUGCCAAUAGUGCUGCCAAUGUAAAACAUAACAUGCAGUACAUACUACUAGUAUGUAGUAGGUGGUUUUGCAGCUAGCAAUGUAUGCUCUGAAACUUGAACCAUGUCAGAUUUACUUUAGCUUGUUGGAAAUAUGUGUAAUGUGGGACCUUUAAAACAUAAAGUGUAAUGAGUUCUA